AAAUCAUUAAACUCAAGAAACAAAGUUCUUGUAAGAUUCAUAAAUAUUUCAGGAAGACACGCUAAAAUGAUCUGGUUAAAUUUUCGCGGUGAAAAGGUUGUUUAUAAAGUUAUCCCUCCUAGACAUCGAUUCGAUAUUAAUACUUUUGAGACUCACCCAUGGAUUGCAGUUGAUAGUAGUCGUAAUGAACGUCUUUUGAUAAAUUUCGCUAAAGUUUACCUUCCUAAAAUUCCUAGCAAUCAACAAGGGCAGCAAUUGCCU